AUGUGUGGAAUUUUCGGAUAUUUGAAUUUCAACUCGCCGAAGACGAGAAGAGAAAUUCUCCAGACGCUGGUCAAUGCUCUCAAACGAAUGGAAUACAGAGGCUACGACUCUGCAGGUCUUGCUUUUGACGGAUCAGCGGAUGAAGCUGAUGGCUCCCGAAAGACGCAGCUCUGCAAAAUGCCCGGCAAAGUGAAGGCGCUUGAAGAUGCCACGUUUGCGAUGGACACGGAUAUGGACGAGGUGCUGAACAACCACUGCGGCAUCGGGCACACGCGAUGGGCCACGCACGGUCCCCCAAGCGAACUCAACUCGCACCCACAGCGCUCUUCAAACAACGAUUUUGUCGUUGUGCACAAUGGAAUCCUGACCAACUACUAUCCUCUCAAGUGCUUUUUGGAAAAGAACGGUUACCAAUUCGAGUCCGACACUGAUACCGAGUGCAUUCCUGUUCUUCUCAAAUACUUGUGGGACACAAAAGGCGACGAGCAGCUCACUUUCCUCCAACUCGUCACCAGAUGUGCUCAGCAGCUCGAAGGUGCCUACGCUAUUUGCGUCAAGUCCCACUUGUUCCCAGGGGAGGUGAUUGCUACUCGACGAGGAUCGCCCUUGCUCAUCGGAAUCAGCUCAAGCUCCAAGCUCAAUUGCGACCAUAUUCCUAUCAUGUACUCCGCAGCCAACACAAAAGAAUCCGGAAAAUCUUUGGGUCCAAGACGAAACUCCUCGAUGACCCUCUUCGCUGAAGGAAUGGAGACUGAUAUUGAGUACUUUUUUGCCUCCGACGCUAGCGCCAUUAUUGAGCACACAAACAGAGUCAUCUACCUUGAAGACGACGACGUGGCAUCCGUUGUCGAUGGUGGUCUCUCACUCCACAGAGUGCGCUCGUCAUCCAGUGUAAACGAUACACAGCGUAACAUCAGCAAAAUCGAGCUCGAGCUUCAGCAGAUUAUGAAAGGAUCGUACGACAGCUUCAUGCAGAAAGAGAUCUUUGAGCAGCCCGAAUCCGUCGUGAAUACGAUGCGAGGACGAGUGUCCUUCGAAAAGGAACGCGUCGUAUUGGGCGGCCUUGUGGACCACAUCGCUGAGCUGAAACGAUGCCGUCGUAUCAUUCUUAUCGCCUGUGGAACCUCUUUCCACUCGGGCAUCGCCACCCGGCAGCUGCUCGAGGAAAUGACCGAGCUUCCGGUGAUGGUCGAGCUUGCUUCUGAUUUCUUGGACCGACAAACGCCCAUCUUCAGAGAUGACGUUUGCUUCUUCAUCUCUCAGUCUGGCGAAACUGCUGACACUCUCAUGGCACUCCGUUACUGCAAGUCCCGUGGUGCUUUGACGGUAGGAAUCACCAACACUGUCGGCAGCUCCAUCUCCCGUGAGACCGAUUGCGGCGUUCACAUCAAUGCCGGUCCGGAAAUCGGCGUCGCCUCGACAAAAGCCUACACGAGUCAGUUCGUCGCUCUGGUGAUGUUCGCCCUGAUGAUGUCCGAAGACAGGUUUUCCAAGCGCGACAGAUACAUGGAGAUCCUCGAGGGGCUUCGAGAGCUGCCGGAAAAGAUCAAGAAGGUACUCGAGUUAGACAACGAAAUCAAGGAACUGGCAAAAGAGAUGAAGGACAACAAAUCAAUCUUGGUGAUGGGAAGAGGGUACAACUACGCCACUUGUAUGGAGGGUGCCCUUAAAAUUAAAGAAAUCACGUACAUGCAUUCGGAAGGAAUUCUUUCUGGCGAGUUGAAACACGGUCCACUUGCGCUCAUCGACGAUACAAUGCCUGUAAUGAUGAUUGUCGUCAAGGACCACACCUACGAAAAGUGCCUCAACGCCGUCCAACAAGUCACAGCCAGAAAUGGCAAGCCAGUAUUUAUUUGCGAAGAGAGUCUGACCAAAGACUUGAGCCGAUUCGGCAACAAGAUUCUCUCCAUCCCUCCAAUUGUCGACUGUCUCAAGGGGAUUCUCACAAUCAUCCCGCUUCAACUCAUGUCCUAUCAUUUAGCUACGCUCAGAGGCCUCAACGUCGAUUUCCCGAGAAAUCUCGCAAAAUCGGUGACAGUCGAAUCGUUAGGGCAGGAGGCGACCGUUCAUUUGCUCAAAGUUCUUCUCCAGUUCCAGGAGAAGUCUGCUCACCCGGUCGAGCCAGCAGUCCUCUCUGAACUUGCAUCGCUAUUAAGCUCAGAGUCCGGCCGCGCUGCUUUCGUCACCGCAGCGGACCAAACUGCUGCGAAAGACCUACUCCCGCUCAUCACCGACGGUCUAGGCCUAUCAUCCGCUCAGAGUCUUGCCCUUGCGCUAAGCCUCACGAAAGCGAAAUCGCCCGAAGUACGAGCCGCUGGAAUAGAGUUCAUUCAAAAAACUCUCCCGCAAGUCUUGGAAGACGUUUGUGCCACAGACAACCUCCAAGGCCUAGAUCUCAUCGUACACGGAUUACUGCUAUAUCUUUGGAAUAAUCCAUCAGUAGUCGACGAAGAAACAAAGGACAAGUUCUACCAGCACCUGGUGAAUCAAUUCACCUUUGUUCCGACUAUCUAUCGACCUCUCAUUCCCAACUUCGAACAAUACAAAACCGAACAAGACGAAACCGACGAUCUCCUGAAGCUCAUCCAGCCAAUGGACGCAAAUCAACUUCCUGAUCUGUUCCGUGAAGUCGGUUAUGGCUCCACAUCGACAGUCGCCGAUUGCAAGAAGGUUCUCUCCAAAGUAUGGACGAAGGAAGGCGACAAGAUCUCGCCCUCGGCAAUCGCAAAGACCCUUUUUGUGAUGGGAAAGACUGUUGUUGGACUAACUUCUGAGCCUGCAAUUACCUCCAGUUUCUUGGAAAGGGACUUUUCUGCCAAUGACAUCCCAAAGGGCUGGAAUCCCGAAGUUCUCGCGGAGGCCGUCUACCAAAGCGAUCCCCACUUCAACUGGCACGAUGUCGUCCAGUCCUUCGACUUCCCUGGUUUCAAAGUUGACAACGAACCCGCGCUCAAUCUACUGGUGAGCUGUAUCAAGUACGGGCUGCACUUACGGGACAAAAGUGUGCCUUAUGACAAGAUACCCUUUCCAGUAGAUCGCAUUCUUCAGCGAUGGAACAACCGCGAAGGCCAGUUCUCCUUCCUCAAGCAAGCUCUCUUAUCACCAGAUAUUAUCCCCUUCGGAAUCUACGAAUGCAACAAGGCGCAGCUAUCUGCGCUGAAGACCCUUCCAGACGCCAAUGAUCCAAAAGUCAAGUGCUGGCAGAGCAUUGAUCUGAUGCAGGCACUGCUCAACCUUGGCGACGACGCGAGUGUACGAGAACGCGUCAAGGAACUGAUCCACGACGGAAUCAACUACUGCCCAGAUGUGAUCGUCCUCGCUCUUGCGCAAGCCCAGGUGCAUUGGUCUGCGCUGCGGCGGGAUUUGCUCGAGCUCUUGCUGGAUAAAUACGUCGUUAAUCAACACCCGAAUUCUCUCUCCAUUAUCACUUUCAUCUGGACCAACUGCGAGCAGGUUCCUCAGAUUAGAGACCUUCUCGUGCACUCGCUCAAGAAGUACUACCGGGAGAACCAAAGUGAUGCGGCACUAAUACGCGUCUGCGACAUUGCCAAGGAGAUCAAAGCGCUCCAGGUUCUGCUCAAAGUCCAGUCCGAAGCCGAUUUCGCCUUUGCCAUUAAACUCGCCAUUCAAGCAUCGCGGCAUAAUUACCUGAACUUCAAAAAGUGGCUCGAGGACUACUCCUCAAACGUAACCUUCCUGCGCGAGCUCAAUCAAUACCGACUCAUGGUCAGCGCGCAUACGAUGUCGCCAAUGGAGCAGCCGAAAGAAAUCGAAAUCAUUCGCGAAUUUCUUUCGCAACUGAGCUCAAUGAGCAGCAAGCCACCCGGCGUCUCGCAGGGCAUGGAGCCGAGAAUGAUUUCGCCAAGUGUGCCCUUCUCUGAAGCCAAUCUUCGCGUAAUGGGUCAGACCUCGCCUCCCAACAUCGGCGGCUACAACCCAGCUGAAAUGAACAUCGGACUGCCUCAUCUCAAUCGACCCAAUGUUUCUGGAGUGCCACCCUCGUCAGUUCCCGGUUUGAGCUUCAUUCAAGGAUUACCACAAGAUCCAACGGGCUUGAUGACACCAGCAAGUUUUGGCGCUCUUCCUGGAAUGCCAAAGCCGCCAGUUAGCAACGCAGGAUUCAACUUUCAACCAGCUCCGAAUCUCGGCCAGCCUCUUGCGAACCCGAUGCAGCGACCAAUGCAAAUGCCUGAAGAAGAAGCAGAAGUCAUGGAUCCUUUGAUGAGAUCUGUGGACAACCUCUAUCGCGAAUUAUUCAGCGGAAAGAUCACCGAAGAGUACCUCGUUGGACAGAUCCAACAAAUGAAGACGAACCCGAAUCAGCAAAAAGAAUUCAAAAUGAUCCUCAGCCAGCUGAUCAAAGAAUUUCGACACUACUCGCAGUUCCCGACGGAUAAAGUCGAAUGCAUCGCGAAAGUUUGGGGAAAGAUUCUCUCCGACGAGAUCUUGGACGAUGCGCGAGACCUCAAGCAAUUCUUGGAUCAUGUUUAUCACGCGCUAAAAGAAGGCCUCAAAGGAAAUGACAAGAUGCUGCUCUUUGGUGAAACUGCACUUCAGAUUUUCAUCCUCAAAUCGAGCAAUGCACAGGAGAUGCUUGCCAAGAAAGCGAUUUAUCAGCAGUUCUGUGCCCGCGUCGUCCGUGAAAUAUUUGCUAAUGGCGGGGAAAACGCAUCACGCCGCCGUCUAUGA